AUGGGCGAAACUUUACUUGACAAACUGCGUCUUAUGCAGCCAGAACUGGCUCUCAUUCGUCAGGACAUUCAUGCUCAUCCAGAGAUGGCACUGCAUGAGGUACGUACGUCUACUCUCGUUGCUGAUAAACUCAAGCAAUGGGGUGUCACUGUCACGGAAGGAAUAGGCGGUUUAGGCGUAGUUGGCAUGUUGAAAAGUAACGCAUCAGGUAGUCGUUCUAUUGGUUUCCGUGCUGAUAUGGAUGCUCUUUCACUCACAGAACAAAAUGAUGUAUCCUAUAUUUCUACGACUCUUGGUGUCAUGCAUGCUUGUGGCCACGAUGGACACACGGUAAUGUUACUAGGUGCGGCAAAAUAUUUGGCAGAACAUCGAGAUUCGUUCUGUGGAACUAUUUACUUUAUCUUUCAACCGGCUGAAGAAAAAGACAAUGGCGCCCUUAAUAUGAUUAACGAUAAACUGUUUGACCGAUUUCCAAUGGAUGCCAUCUAUGGAAUGCAUAGCGGACCAGAUAUAGCCAUUGGUAAAUUUGCUAUUCGAUCUGGUCCAAUGUUAGCAGCAGCAGACACUUGGCUUGCUACUUUUCGAGGGACUGGUGGUCAUGGCGCUUCACCACAUUUGGCUUCUGAUGUAACAGUACCACUAGCACAAUUUAUUCUAUCAUUGCAGACGAUUGUUAGUCGCAACAUUUCACCGACCGAUUCAACGGUAAUUAGUGUUGGCGCUGUCCAAAGUGGCUCUUUUGAUUCAUUGAACGUGUUACCAUCAGAAAUUCGUGUUGGUGGUACUGCUCGUAGUUUUACCAAAGAAGCGAGAGACACAAUCGAACGACGCAUGAAGGAAUUAGCUUAUGGUCUUGCCACUACCUAUGACUGUAAGGUUGAGGUGAAAUAUCUUCGAGAAGGGAUUCCAUUAGUCAAUCAUGUUCAGUGUACGGAACGCGCUAUUAGAGCAGCUGAAAAUCUCGUAGGUGCAGAAAAUAUCGAUGGAAACAUGACAAAAGAUAUGGGUGGUGAAGAUUUUGCUGAAAUGCUUGAACGAAAACCAGGUGCAUAUAUUAUAAUUGGAAAUGGAAUUUCAUUUGGUGCACUUCAUUCUCCAACGUACAACUUCAAUGAUGAUGCCUUUCCUUUCGGUGCUGGCUAUUGGGUUUGUCUAGCUCAGCAAGAACUUAAAGAAUGA